AUGGCAAGACUCACUGACGAUGCCGACAUCGAUGCCCGCGAAGCGUCUGGGAAUGUACCACGUCUACGGGCCUACUCUGGAAAUGAUGAUGCAUACUAUGGACUCCGGACUAGGUGCGUUCCUCUAAGUCUUCCUACAAAUAUGACCAAGUUGUGA